UAAAUUGUGAUCUUCGUUGAGUAUCAAUUAUUAGUUAUUUUAAAAUUCAAUAGCGACAACACGAUGAUUGCGUUAAUUUUAUUCGUUUUGAUAACGUUUCUGUUGUACUGUUACAUUACUAUUUAUUACGAUCCGGGUGAUUUGCCGACUUAUGAUGGAAAGUUGCCGAUCAUUGGUCACCUACAUAAACUACCAAGGAAUGCUUUAGAUGUAUGGGAUGGGAUCAUAAACCUGGCUAAUGGCUGUACAAAAUUAGGAGGCGUUGCAGUUGGUUAUUUUGGAUUUAUCCCUGUGUAUGUCGUAACAGACCCCGACGAUGUUUUCAAAGUGUCGAGUGCUGAAAUUCAUAAACCAAAAUUUUUGAAAAAAUACUCACAAAAAAUUAUAGGAAAUGGAUUAAUCUUUGGCUCUGUACCAAGUUGGCAAAAUCAUCGCAAACAAUUAAAUCCGAGUUUUAAUCAGCAAGUGUUAGAUGAAUAUAUGACUGUGUUUAAUAGACAGAGCAGAAUACUUAUGAAAGACUUGGAGUGUAUGGUAGGAAAGCCGCCGUUUGAUCAUAAACUACUUAUAGAAAGAGGGGCACUACGAACAAUUUGUGGUUCAGUGUUUGGUGUUAAUAUUGAUCAUGAUGUUGAAGAUUUUCUUAAAUCAUACCAAAAUUUAUUUGAUCUGGUAACAUUAAGAGUUCUCAAUCCCCUUAGAUUUUUCGAUUUCAUUAAUGAAAGAACAAAAUUAUAUAGAGAUAUGUCUGGUUACUCUGAUAAGGUACUCAAAUUUAGUGAAGAGGUGCUUGAAAAAAGAAUAGAAGAAAUGAAGAAAAUGUCACCAGAUGAACUUACAAAACUCUCAGAGUUAAAGUUUAAGCCAUUCAUCGAUCUACUUUUACAAAACAAAACAUUUAGUCAUCAACAAAUCAUUGAUGAAAUGACAACUAUGAUAGUGGCCGGUUUUGAAACAAUAUCAACGCUAUUAUUUUUCAUGCUAGUAAUCUUGGGGACCUAUUCCGAUGUUCAAGAAAAAAUAUUCAAUGAAAUACAAGAAGUAUUUGGUGAUUCUGAUUUGGAUGUUACCAAGGACGAUUUACAAAAAUUAAAAUAUACUGAUGCUGUAAUAAAAGAAUCACUACGAUUCUCCCCUAUCGUGCCUUUAAUUGCCCGAUAUCUCACGAAAGACAUUCAGCUAAAAAACCGCGUCCUAAAAAAAGGAUUUGUUUGUAUAAUUUUAUUAUACGGUGCUUUGAGGCAUCCAAUGUGGGGUCCUGAUUCUGAACAGUUCAUUCCGGAGAGAUGGAUGGACCCUGAUCGCCUUGCGAAGAGUCCACAUGCAUUUGCAGCAUUUAGUUUUGGUAAAAGAAACUGCAUAGGUAAAACAUAUUCAUUCAUGGCAAUAAAAGUACAAUUGGUACAUUUCUUUCGACGGUACAAGGUUCAAGCGGAUUACUCGAAAUUAAAAAUGAAGAUAAAUAUAAUAGUCAAGCCGGAGUCUGGUCACAACAUUAGCAUACAAUACAGACAGAAAAUGAAAUGAAUACAAUAUACGGAGAUUACUUCGAAUAAUAAUAAAGGUAUAGGCAACUUUCUUUUUGGCCGUUUUUCAUUUUCUAAACAUUUUCAGUGUUACCUCGGUAUAUUCUACUCAAGUGGUUCUUAAAACUGUUUUUAUUAUAAUAAGGA